ACCCUCAAAGCGGCGUGCCGUUUGUGUCAGUCAAGACAACGACAACCAGUGACACUGAGUCAGUUUCCCUCGGUCAGCACACAGCCUAGAAAGCGAGGGAAAAAUGGCAGCGGCGUCGUUUAGGUGGCUACUGCAGCUGCACAAGGACGUGCCAAAAGCCGCUCGGUUUUACGCCGAAGGGUUGGACUUCACCGUCAAUGUCUGCACUCUUCGAUGGGCGGAGCUCCAGUCCGGCCCGCUCAAGCUUUCCCUCAUGCAAUCCCCCAAGGAUCAUGUGAUGCAGAGCGGAAACUCUUCACUUUUGUCCUUCACGGUGCCAGACAUUAAUCAAACGGUGACCAAGUUGAUGGCGUUGGGAGCUGAACUCGAUGGCCCUAUCAAAUAUGAAGUUCACGGCAAGGUUGCAGCCAUGCGAUGUAUUGACGGGCACAUGCUAGGCCUCUAUGAACCUGCUUAGGAGUUUCAGAAGCAAACCCCUUGAAAAAUAGGGUGCCUGAAGGGGAUGUGAGG